AUGAAUGUCUCGGAAAUCCAAUCGGCGAAAGACAAACCAAUGUUCAUCGUGAACGAUUACUUGUUAGAAGUCGAUAAAAAGGCCGAUAGCAAGUUCUACUGCCGAUGUAUCCGACAGCGACAAGGAACCGGAUCUCGCUGUAUGCAAGCAGAGUGGCAAUCACAGCCCGAGUACCGAGACCUGAUCACGAGAGAUGCUUGCUCGGAGACGAAACGCGCCGUCUUAGCUCAGCCAGAGAAGAGUUUGAGAGAAGCGUACUCCGGAGUCCUUGCGGUCUCCGUAAAUACCUUGCGGGACGCGCACGAUGACGAAGAAAUAGGGGCAGCUAUACCAGGGUUCAACAGCGUCCGCAGUAUACUCCAACGGGAGCGUGCUAAAGUCAGGCCGCUCUUACCUCAAUCUCGUGAGGAGAUUAAUCUGGAUGAUCAGUGGACGAAGACAUCAACAGGAGCAAACUUCCUGCUUUUCGAUGACGGGAGCAUCAACCGAAUUCUAGGGUUCAGCACGAAUGACCUCAUCAUCUCGCUAUGCGAAGCAUCGACUGUAUUCAUGGACGGCACAUUCAGAGUUGUACCGACCAUAUUCAGCCAACUCUACACUAUCCAUGGCUUCUUCCGAGUUCAAAUGGCCCCUUUCGCGUAUUUUCUCCUUCCGGACAAAUCCAAAGAAACCUACAUGAGAAUGUUCGAGCUAUUGAAGAAUUACGCCAUCUCCAUUGGACGGAAUUUCGAACCUACGACAUUUCGGUUGCAUUGCGAGAUUUCCACGCUCAGAGCGAUUCGAGAAUCCUUCCCGAAUUCAGAGGUGAAAGGGUGUUUGUUCCAUUUCAACCAGUGCUUAUGGCGCAAAGUUCUGGAAUCGGGACUCGUCACCUUCUACAAGGAGUCUGAAGUAAAGCGGUUCAUACGCUCGACAGCCGCGUUGGCCUUGGUGCCCCGGAAUCGCAUCGAGGACGCUUGGUUGGAUAUUAAUGCCGACUCUCCCUCAUCCGAGCACCCCGCGCACGCGAAGCUCGAAGAUUGA